AUGGGUGAGUCAGGCGACGAUAUAGACCAAAUGUUCAGCACGUUAUUGGGAGAGAUGGAUCUUCUGACCCAGAGUUUAGGAGUUGACACUCUUCCUCCUCCUGAACCUAAACCACCCAGACAUGAAUUCAACUACAGUGUGGGUUUUAAAGAUUUAAAUGAGUCCUUAAAUGCCCUGGAAGACCAAGAUUUAGAUGCUCUCAUGGCAGAUCUGGUAGCAGACAUAAGCGAAGCUGAGCAGAGGACAAUCCAGGCACAGAAAGAGUCCUCUCAGAACCAGUGUCAUUCGGCAUCUCUGGAGGCAUCAAACGUAUGUGGGGCAGCCUCUCUUGGUUACGGAGGAAAUGUCGCUGUCAUGAGUGUCAGCCAGUAUGAGGACAAUUUGCCACCUCCACCAGCUGAUCCUAUGUUAGACCUUCCACUGCCACCACCCCCUCCUGAACCUCUCUCUCAGGAAGAUGAAGAAGCCCAAGCCAAGGCUGAUAAAAUUAAGAUGGCUUUGGAAAAACUGAAGGAGGCCAAGGUUAAGAAGCUCAUCAUCAAGGUGCACAUGAAUGACAACAGCACAAAGUCACUGAUGGUGGACGAGCGGCAGUUGGCCCGAGAUGUUCUGGAUAACCUUUUUGAGAAAACUCACUGCGACUGCAAUGUAGACUGGUGUCUUUAUGAAAUAUACCCAGAGCUACAAAUUGAGAGAUUUUUUGAAGACCAUGAAAAUGUUGUUGAAGUCUUAUCAGACUGGACAAGAGACACAGAAAAUAAAGUGCUAUUUGUGGAGAAGGAAGAAAAAUAUGCUGUAUUUAAAAACCCCCAGAACUUCUACUUCAAUAACAAAGGAAAAAAAGAAGGCAAGGAAACCAAUGAAAAAAUGAAUGCCAAGAACAAGGAAUCCUUACUUGAGGAAAGUUUCUGUGGGACAUCUGUCAUUGUACCAGAACUAGAAGGAGCUCUUUAUUUGAAAGAAGAUGGAAAGAAAACCUGGAAAAAGCGCUAUUUUCUUUUACGGGCUUCUGGAAUUUAUUAUGUACCCAAAGGAAAGACUAAGACAUCUCGAGACCUGGCGUGUUUUAUACAGUUUGAGAAUGUCAACAUUUACUACGGGACUCAGUGCAGAAUGAAAUAUAAGGCGCCCACAGACCACUGCUUUGUUUUAAAGCAUCCCCAAAUUCAGAAGGAGUCCCAGUACAUCAAGUAUCUCUGCUGUGAUGACGCAAGAACUCUCAACCAGUGGGUCAUGGGAAUAAGGAUCGCCAAGUAUGGAAAGACUCUCUAUGAGAACUACCAGCGGGCUAUGGCAAGGGCCGGGCUUGCCUCUCGGUGGACAAACCUGGGGACUGCCGGCGCAGCUACUCCAGCUCAGCCUUCUGCAGCAGGCACCGCCCAGCCCAAUGGUCAGAUUCCCCAGGCUGUGCAUUCUGUUGGCUCUGUCCUGGAAGAGGCCCAGAGACAUGUUGAAACAACUAAGGCCAAGAAGCCAGCCCUUGGUAACCACGACCCAGGAGCGCCCAGGGCCCUUCACCCGCCGAGGUCCAGCCUCCUCCCCCCGCCCCCUCCCGUGCGACGGUCGUCAGACACCUGCGGCAGCCCUGCCACGCCCCGCACGGCCAAGGGCUCGGGCGGCGGCGCCGCCGCCGCCGCCGCCGCCUCCUGCCGCGCUGACCCCCAAGUCCGACAGGCCGCCCCCCACGGCCGCCAAAAGGCCUCCCGUCCCCCCAAAGAGGCAAGAGAACCCAGGAUCCCCGAGCGGGGCGGGCAGCGGGGAGCAAGAUUUCAUGUCAGACCUGAUGAAAGCUUUGCAGAAGAAGAGGGGCAACGUGGCCUAGGGGGCCCGGGAAGCGUCCGUGUGUGACGGGGACGUCAUUUCUAACCUCACGUGCGUGUUUUGCUACUUCGCUGUCGUGACAUCAUGUUCAUUUUAGAUAAAGUGUUGAAAUGUUCCGACUAGAAAUGAUGUAAAACUUUUCACUGUCGUUCAAGUGCAUUCCUAACCAUUAACCUAAGACAGAAGUUAGAAUAUCUGCCUAAAUGUACAUAGCGCUCCUAUGUAUUUUCACCUAAAUGGAAUUUAUCUUAUCUUCCAAGCCAACUAAAAUGUUGUUUUCGGUUCAUUUAUUAUGUUCAGAAGCAUCAAAUUAAUAAAAAUUUCUCUUGAA